GGUGUGACGUCACACCACCCAUUUAUUAACAUGUCAAUAGUCUAUCUCCCUCUUGUGCCAUUGAUGUUCUUUACCUUUAUAUUUACGACUAAAUAGGGCUGUCGAUUGUGUUAUUUUUGACAAGUGUCAAACCCCACGAGUUUAUGCUUAAUGCAUUUCUUGCCGUCAUUUCUGCCGUAAACCAAACGCGCACUGCAGUAUUCCAGUUUGUGUUGUUUGAAUUGAACAACUAUGAGGAUAUUGUUUUUCAAGAUUUUUACAUUUACUGUGUAUUUUGCAGGGCAGUAUUCAGCAUCUGCUCUUCAAGAUGUAACAACUGACUUGUUCGGGUCUGAAAAUCAUGGUACUGUGGCUGCGUUUGGUGAUUUCAACUCGGAUAAACAGACAGAUAUUUUCAUCAUCAGAGAACAAUCUGAGUUGGUGAUAUUCUUGGCUGAUCUGAAAGCCCCAUACUUCAAGCCAAAAGUCCAUAUCCCUAAAAAGGCUUUGCCCGCCAAUUGUAUCAUAACUGGUGUUGUUCCUGGAGACUACGAUGGAGAUUCUCAGAUGGAUGUGCUUCUUACAGUUCAGCUCAAGACCAAGGCCACCUCAGACACAAUGGUUUUUGUAUUCUGGGGAAACAACCAAACCCUGGAUGGGCAAGCGGACCUUAAUAAGACAUUUGUGGACCAACCUCUAAUAAUGGACUUCAAUGGGGACAUGAUUCCAGACAUCUUUGGGGUUUCUGCUGAUUUCUCCACUGAAGUCUGCUAUCUUACUGGAAGGAACGCAGUGUGGCAGGCAGCUCUUAGUUCACGUGUCAAGAUGCGUGUUCCUCAUUCCAAUGCUUUCAUCGACCUAAACAAGGAUUUCACCGCCGAUUUGUUCCUCACAACCCAAGAUGACAAUGGUCUUGGCUUCGAGACGUGGAUUAAUAAGGAUGGGAACUUUACCAAAACCCAGCCCGGACGUAUACCAGAAAAUGUCAAGAAAGUUGGCCAGUCUUGUUUUGUCGACUUUGAUGGAGAUGGGUUCCAGGACCACCUUCUCCCAGUGUGUCUGGACGAUGCAUGCCACAGGAGUGCCAUCUACCUUUCUAAGCCCGGGGAACCUGAGUGGGUGGCAGUCCUGACUGAUUUCCAGAGGAGGGAGACUCUCUGGGGCUUUGUGCCCCCCCAGACCACCCCUCCUGCUGGGGAGCUCCACAACCCCAUCACCCUGCACCUGGGAGACUACAACAUGGAUGGCUUCCCUGACGCCCUGGUCAUCCUGCGCAAUACCAGUGGGAGUGGUCAGCAGGCCUUCCUCCUGGAGAAUGUUCCGUGUGACAACGCCAGCUGUAAGGAUGUGGGCCGCAUGUUCCGUGUCCACUGGGACCAGUCUGACCUGGGGGCCAUCCCCGGGGCCGCCAUCGCCACCUUCUUCGACAUCUAUGAGGAUGGAAUAUUGGAUAUGAUCGUGCUCAGCAAAGAAGAGGGGAAAGAGGGCUUCAUCAUCCACGCUUUGAAGAACAACUUUGAAGCCGACGCGUAUUUCGUCAAAGUGAUUGUGCUUAGUGGACUCUGUUCUAACGACUGCCCGGGAAACGUCAAGCCGUUUGGUGUGAACCAACCUGGGCCGUACGUCAGCUACACAACAGUGGACUCCAACGGCUACCUGAAGAACGCCUCGGCCGGCCAGCUGAGCCAGUCGGCCCACCUCUCCCUGCAGUUGCCUUACACCGUUCUGGGCCUGGGGCGCAGCGCCAACUUCCUGGACCACCUGUACGUGGGUAUCCCCCGGCCCCUCGGGGACAAGGAUGUGAGGAAGCAGGAGUGGACAGCCAUCAUCCCCAACUCGCAGCUCAUAGUCAUUCCAUACCCACACAACGAGCCCCGCAGUUGGAGUGCGAAGUUGUAUCUGACCCCCAGUAACAUAGUCCUACUGACUGCCAUCGCGCUGAUCGGCGUGUGUGUUUUCAUCCUGGUCAUCAUUGGCAUCCUCCACUGGCAGGAGAAGAAAGCGGACGACCGGGAGAAGAGACAGGAAGCACACCGGUUCCAUUUUGAUGCCAUGUGAAGGAGCACAGGAAGAGAUGGACCAUGGGAAACAGUCAUGCCUGCUUUCUGUUUGAUUUAAGGUUGCUGGCCGAUGGAAUUGUUUAUUUAUUUAAUCCCCUCAAACUAUUGAGGAUGAGCCAUUUAAGUGUUUAAAUAUCCAUUAAAGAUGAUCAAAUGUAAAAGAGACAGACAGGUUACUUCUCGCAUACUUGCACAAAUUUGGUUGGAACAUAUUCUUUUUUUAAAUUCACAUUCCCUCGUACAUUUCAACGGCCAAAAUGAUGGCUGAACCCAAAUCUAAACAGGACUACUGAGUGAAAGUACACUGAGUGAAAUCCCAGUUGACUUUUUAGUCAAUGUUUUGGCUUAGCUCCUUGUGUGGAUGUCAAAUCGGCACUAACAGUUUACGUCGUGAAUUUGCAAUGUUUAAAUGUUCAAUCCAAGUCAUCCUGAUCUGCAAAACACAGUACUGAUUUAUUUGUUUUGGGGGAAGCAUUGCUAUUGUAAUGCUACUUGAAUUAUUAUGCAUGUCCAGUCAUCCGUUGUCUUCCUGUAUGCCUUCUGUAUGUCAAUUUGUAAAAGUUAUUGUUUUCUAUGGACUGCUAUAGAGGAAUCUUACACAUGGAGUCCACUGACCCAAACAGGGUAUUUCCACUGGAUGCAUCCAUUGUGCUCUACUGUAUAUCAUGCGCAUAGUACAUGGUCCAUAAUGAGGGUUAAUGUAUGUGUCAAGUUUAUUAUGCACUUUUCCCCUCCUUUUUCUCAUUCCCCUCCAAAUACCUGACAAUGUCCUAUCCUUGUUUGACAGCUCCCCCUUUCCACUGCCCUCACUCACAGUGGUAUUGGAAUGGCCUGUACUACUGACCCCUCUGGUUUGGUCAUGUCCUUUUUAGUCUUUCUCACUCUCUUAAUAAUCUUGUUUGUCUCACAUGAUAAACAUGGUGUGUCUUUGGACUGCCAAACAUUGUGUUCAUUAAAAACGUCAACUAAACUGUGGUGUUAAAUUGAAGAAUGGUCCACAUAACACUUAAACUACUUUUACGUACAAGGGGAAAUAGGUUUGUUAUUUAACCAACAGAAAGUGCAAUCAUCAAUAUUAUCAUCAAUGUCUAAGCCUCUAAUAUUAAAACAAUAGUAUUUCAUUUCCAAUUAACGUGGGGCACUGUUUUCAGGUGGUACUGGUCUAACAUCCAAAUAUUUAUUUUGCUAUCAUCUCAUGCCUGUGGUUUGAACCUUUUUUAAACUAAUGAUUAAUAGUGAUGUCUAAUAGAUUUUAUUUUUGUGUUUUGUUUGUGGAUUCUGCGUGUAAUCGGGAAAUAUGAUCAUUGCUUUUGAAUGUUUAUGAGAUGAUGGGUUGAAAAUUAAAGUGUUUAUCAUGCUUAAUUCAUGGUGGUUCUCACUUGUUUUGAAUUCAUUUACAUGUAUUUCCGUCUCACUAUCGCCUUCCCAUUUCAUAGACUGGCAUGUCCAUCCGAAAAAGUCAAUUCUCCUCGUGAGCUGAUGACUAAAGAAACGAUUGGAAGUGACAACUUGGCAUAGCCUACGGUUUCGAGUUAUUUUUAGCUCAUGCAGCAUAAUGUAUUGCAAUCUGGCACUUAUGGUAAAAUGAUAGUCUAAUAAAAUGGUUGACAUUUAAAUAGCAGUUGAUGUUUUACUGUCUGAUGUCUCUUGGGAACAACUUACUGAAUAAAGAGUGUCCUGAUUAAAUGCUGUCAA